AUGACUGUUCCACCAGCAAACAGCUCGAGAGCAAAGAUGGGGGCGCUUCUGUGUGUUCGGGUCUGACGAAGCAAUGCUCUUGCUCCCGCAGGGAUCGACGACGCCCGGCUCAAAAAGAUUGCCACUGAGGAGUCCAAAGUCAAGCCCCAGGUGGAUCGCUACACGAAGCCCUCGGGUCGUCGCAUCAUCCUUCUCGCUCAAGGCCGUCAAGGCCGUCUCAUGGACUUAAGCUGCGUCACCGGUCACCCUUUGCAGGUCAUUUCGUGCUCCUUCAUCAAUCAGGUUCGCCCGCGCGGUGGUGAUUGUCGAACUUCAGUGAUGCUGUGGUAUCGCCAACAGGCGAGAUAUCAUUCCAGGAUGGGUAUGCGGAACUACUUGUACAACAUGCAUAUGCUAUCUUAUAA